GACCACGGAACUGAUACACUCAUUGCCAUUGUGAUUCACGAGUAGGAAAUUAGCUCCGUGCAACUUGCAUUCUAGUCUAUGGUGCUAUAGAGGGGGUACCUAUCUAGUAUAUGUGCUUCAGAGCAGUGAGUACGGAUAUACUUUGAAAAUUCUCAUGACUCCUCUCCUGAUGAUUGACCAAUGAUUGAAGGAUGAAUCCUCGCAAGUUGUACAGUCAGUGCCUGGAAGUACUCGCUCCAAUACUAGAGAAGCUUGGAGGAACUGUUGAUUGGGAUGAGAAUCCCACAACACCUCUCGACAAACUAGCAGCCGUGAUAGUAGAGGACCUUCUCUUUCGAGUUAGCAAAGGUAAAAGCAGAUGGAACGAAUCGUGGCGCAUUUUUUUAACGCCCAAAAUCCGCUACGCUGUUCUGGCUCUGGAAGAAUCUCUUUUGAAAUUCGCCGCUGAUCGAUGCAAGGCCCUCCGUAGAGUAUGUUUUCCAUGGUGCGGCUCAGUGUUGGACCCGAAAAGACUGUCACUGCUUCCGCCGUCCGUGACAGUGGUCGACUUCGAUGUGGAAAGCCACGACCUUGACCUGUCCAAUCUGGGUGACCUUGCAGCGGCCAAUUGGCUACCUGAGGCCACUCUACUCCACCGAUCACUAUGGACCAGCAGACGAAAGGCGAUCGAAGGCAGUGGCUUGACAGAGGUGCACCUGACCGGAGUGUCGGUGACCGCACAGCAACUCACCACCAUCCUUGAGCAGAGCCCGUGCUUGCGCGUGCUCCAGCACUACCAGCUGGUCAGGGCGCUCUACAACAUGCACGCUCAACAGUGGAAACGCAACGAGCCAACGCCCAAGUACAAACUGCUCAAUCUUGAUGCCGAUUUCUCACACAUUAUACGAAGCCACAUGUCACCUCUUGCAGUUCUACCAUGUGAUGCUCUAAGACUCGCCUCAAUACUUUGUCCUGAAGCUUGCUACAUCAGAUUGAGAUACGAUCCAAUGACCCCGAAUGACAUUCUACAGCCGCUGACGUCCCUGAAGAAGAUGCGCGAGUUCAGCGCGGUUUGCGUUUCGAGCGGCGAGCGAUGCGUCCUCGACUUCACCGACAUGGCACCCAUCAUCGAGCAUCACGGUCCCAAAUCGCUGCUCGCUCUCGAACUCAAGGUUAUAGAGGAGGUAGACCCGCACGUGAUACUGUUGAACUGUCCGAAGCUGGAGAGCCUGGUACUGAGCGGGUGCGGCUUCAACAUCCCGGCGUCAUGUCCGAGUCACGGCUGCUCGGAGGCCAGCUUCGUGCUGCCGUGUCCGCGGCUGCGACUGCUCUUCUACGCAGACGGCGAUGACUUCAGCUGGACGCAUCACAUGCCGCAGUGCUUCUGGCGUGCCACGCUCAAUCCCAGACAAGGCCACGGCAAGCGUAACCGUCUGAAGGGUCUGUUCAUGGAGUCGCCUCGCAUCUGGGACGAGACGGCGACCUACCUGUGGAGUGGGGCGGCGGACGGCGAGGGACCCACCACCUUCUACCCGGAGCUGACCGUCGUCAGCCUGUGUCGCUACCCGGAGAUCAACAUCCCGCAGCUGCAGGCGGCACUUAAGGGCGCGCCCCUCAGAUACCUCAGAUCGGUCACCUGUGACAAGCUGCACGCCAAACGCAUGUCUCAGCUGUUUUCCUCCAGUGACACUGUUGUCAAUGCUGAAUGCGAAUGGUGCAGAUUUGUGUCGCGCGUGCGAUUUCACGUGCCAUUUGCGCUCUCGCCUGGCGGAAAGGCCGGGAAAACCGCGAGGAAAACCCCUUGCCACCGCCACGAUGACAGUUACGAUCUCGGAAACUGUGAUUUAAGACUGCGGUCGCCCGCCGCACACCGUCGCCUGGCGACUGUAAUUCCCUCCUUCAGCCUAUUUGCCGGCCACGGCAAGCGUAACCGUCUGAAGGGUCUGUUCAUGGAGUCGCCUCGCAUCUGGGACGAGACGGCGACCUACCUGUGGAGUGGGGCGGCGGACGGCGAGGGACCCACCACCUUCUACCCGGAGCUGACCGUCGUCAGCCUGUGUCGCUACCCGGAGAUCAACAUCCCGCAGCUGCAGGCGGCACUUAAGGGCGCGCCCCUCAGAUACCUCAGAUCGGUCACCUGUGACAAGCUGCACGCCAAACGCAUGUCUCAGCUGUUUUCCUCCAGUGACACUGUUGUCAAUGCUGAAUAG